CCGCCCAUGCAUUCCCACCGCCUCUUCCCGCAAUAUAAAUACCCCCCUCCCCCCAUUCAUCCGCACUGCCCAAGAGAUCUAUCGAUUCGAGCCUAGCUAAUUGCUACCUUGCUACUCUACUGUAUUGAUCCAUCGCAUCCAUGGCAAUUCUCGACCUCCACCUGCCCGUCACGAAACCUCCUCCUCCUCCUCACGCGGAAGCUCAUCCGCAGCAGCAGCAAUGCCUCCGUCAAGCCAAGCCCAGCGACGACGACGACGACGACGACGACGAGCGCGUGCUGCUCAAGGGCGUGCGCCACCUGUGCGAGCGCGGCACCAUUACGAGGCUGCCCGCCCGCUACGUCCUCCAACCCUCCGACCGCCCAGCAGCAGCAGCAGCAGCUUCGUCCCUCCCAGACACUAACCUCACCAGCCUCCCCGUCAUCGACCUCGCCCGCCUCCGCUCUCCCGCAGAGCGCGGCGCCGCCCUGGCCGAGCUGGACGCGGCCUGCAGGGACUACGGCUUCUUCCAGAUCGUCAACCACGGCGUGGACGAGGACACCGUGCGGAGGAUGCUGGACGUGGCGCGCCGCUUCUUCGAGCUACCCUUCGCGGACCGCGCGCGCUACAUGUCCUCCGACAUCCGCUGCCCGGUGCGCUACGGCACCAGCUUCAACCAGCUCAACGACGGCGUCCUCUGCUGGCGGGACUUCCUCAAGCUCGUCUGCAACAACCUCGCCGACGUCGCCCCGUCGUGGCCAGACGCGCCCCUCGACCUCAGGGAGGUGGUGUCGUCGUACGCGCGGGCGAGCCAGCGGCUGUUCAAGGAGCUCAUGGAGGCGGUGCUCCGGGCGCUGGGCAUCCGCCAUGAAGGAGGCGAGGCCAUCUUGAACGAUUGCGACGCCGGGUCGCAGAUGCUGAUCGUCAACUGCUUCCCUGCGUGCCCGGAGCCGGAUCUGACGCUGGGGAUGCCGCCCCACUCCGACUACGGCUUCCUCACCAUCCUCCUCCAGGAUCAGGUGAACGGCCUCGAGGUCAGGCACGCCGACAGGUGGGUCCUCGUCGACCCCCUGCCCGGAUGCCUCGUCGUCAACAUCGGAGACCACUUGGAGAUCUACAGCAACGGUCGUUACAAGAGCGUGCUUCACCGGGUGCGCGUGAACUCGGCUCGGUCGCGCAUCUCGGUGGCGUCGCUGCACAGCCUGCCGCCGGAGAGGGUGAUCGGGCCGGCGGCGGAGCUGGUGAACGAGGAGAAGAACCCACGGAGGUACAUGGACACGGACUUCGCCACCUUCCUCGACUUCCUGGCCUCCGCCGAGGGCAAGCACAAGUCCUUCCUCCAGUCCAGGAGGAUCCAUCAUCCUCAACGUCUAUCAACCUAGCUAGCAGCUGCAGAUCGAUCCCAUCCGUCCAUCCACGCGUUCACUCUCGGCAAUCUCUCUCUCUCUCUCUAUAUAUUGCUAGGGAGGGAAAAGUCAACACGUACGGUUGAUCGAGCUCACUGGUCAAACGGGCAGCCGUUGGAUGGAACCCCAACCGUGGGUUGGUGCUUGCAUCGAUCAUUUGCAUAUGAGUCCGUUUGGUUGUCAGCAUCGCAGUAAUCUGGCUCAUAUUAGUGAGUCAGGUUUAUUUGAGUCUAGCGCAGCUUCAUUUUGUUUCGUCGGUUGCACUUGCUUAGGCGUCUGGUUGAGAGGAGAUUAUAUUUAGCUGUCCGUAUAAGUAUAUAUUGAAAUGAAAAAGUAAGUGUUAAUAUAAAGUUUAUUUUGCAUAAAUACACUCUGUAGUACUUAAUUUAUCGUAUUAUAUCUUAAUCUAAUUUGAAAUAUACUAAUAUAAUUUAAUACUCACUAAUCAUAUGCUAAUACCAUCAUUAGUUAAUCGCAUAUCUCCAUACCGUGAGUCUGACUCUUUCUGUGUUUCCACAUUGUCAGGCUGAGAAGCCAUUUUUAAUCCCGUGAGCUAAGACUAGAAGUGCAUAUAAGUAACCAAACAGUUUCUCCAUGUAUCUCACAAACCAAAUCAAACUAGACCAUAUAUAGAUAAUCAAACUCACCCUAAUUGUAUGUAGCUCAUUGAAGCUAAGCUAUACAUGUAUGUUGAAAGCUCAAAAUUAUGA